UCAUGUGACAUGAGGCUGGGCCUGGCAUGGCGGCCGUGUUGAAGGCUAUGCACUGAGCUCCGGUGAAUCAAAUCCCAACCGUAUAUUGUUUCAGGGCAGCUCCAUGGCGGAAAGAGGCUUUGACGUGUCCGCCCUCCCCAAGGAGGUGAGGGAGCAGAUGGCAGAGUUGGAGCUCGAGCUGUCAGAAGGUGAUAUCACCCAGAAAGGCUAUGAGAAGAAGCGGGCGAAACUGCUUGCUCCAUAUAUCCCACAAACCCAAGGUGUUGACCCAGCACUGCAGAAGGAUAAUAGAAAUCAGACGUCAUCAACUGCAGCUCCAGCACAGUCCUCCAAGUACCAUAGAGCCAGAUCUGGGGGCGCCAGAGAUGAACGUUACCGCUCAGAUAUCCAUACAGAAGCGGUUCAAGCUGCUUUGGCUAAACAUAAAGAGCAGAAGAUGGCCUUGCCAAUGCCAACCAAAAGGCGGUCAACUUUUGUGCAGUCUCCAGCAGACACAUGUACACCUCCAGAUACGUCAUCUGCAUCGGAGGAUGAGGGUUCCCUGAGACGCCAGGCAGUACUGUCUGCAGUCCUGGCUCAGAGUUUACAGAACACAGAAUCAUGGAUCAACAAAUCUGUGCAGGGUUCAUCAACGUCGUCCUCCGCCUCGUCUACAUUGUCACAUGGAGAAGUAAAGAGCACCAGUGGAUCAUUAGCUGAUGCCCUGUCGAACAUUCAUAUAGAAAGUUUCUCAGCUCCACCUGAUGUCACCGCCACCACAAGCACCACCACAACCUCUUCAUCCUCUUCGUCGUCCUUGUCCUCUGUGAGGCCAGCAAGCAUGGACUUGCCCCCUGGGGGUAUAGUGAAGGGAAUGCACAAGGCAGCUAGACGAUCAAGCCUCAUGGACACUGCGGAUGGUGUCGCUGUGAAUACUCGCGUGUCUACAAAAAUACAACAGUUACUUAAUACCUUGAAAAGACCAAAAAGGCCACCCUUAAAAGAGUUCUUUGUGGAUGAUUUUGAAGAGAUUGUGGAAGUUCCUAGACCAGAUCCAAACCAACCAAAACCUGAAGGUCGUCAAAUGACCCCUGUCAAAGGGGAGCCCCUGGGUGUGGUGUGUAACUGGCCUCCAUCCGUCGAAGCAGCUUUACAGCGCUGGGGAACCACGCAAGCAAAAUGCUCUUGUCUUACCGCUCUUGAUGUGACUGGGAAACCUGUUUACACUUUAACGUACGGCAAGCUAUGGACCAGAAGUGUAAGACUGGCUUAUACGCUGCUCAACAAACUGGGAACAAAAAACGAACAAGUGCUGAGACCAGGAGACAGGGUGGCCCUGGUUUACCCCAACAGUGAUCCAGUGAUGUUCAUGGUUGCUUUUUACGGCUGUCUCCUGGCAGAAGUGAUCCCAGUGCCGAUUGAGGUACCUCUUACUAGAAAGGAUGCUGGCGGACAUCAGAUUGGAUUCUUACUGGGAAGCUGUGGUGUGAAACUUGCUCUUACUACCGAGGUUUGCUUGAAGGGACUGCCAAAAACACAGAAUGGGGAGAUUGUGCAAUUCAAAGGGUGGCCAAAACUCAAAUGGGUUGUGACAGACUCCAAAUACCUUUCCAAGUCACCAAAGGACUGGCAGCCAAACAUUACUACGGCUGGUACGGAGCCAGCAUACAUUGAGUAUAAAACGAGUAAAGAAGGGAGCGUAAUGGGAGUCACCGUGUCAAGAAUCGCAAUGCUUUCUCACUGUCAAGCCCUGUCCCAGGCAUGCAACUAUACAGAGGGAGAAACGGUUGUUAAUGUCCUCGAUUUUAAGAGGGAUGCUGGUCUGUGGCACGGCAUACUAACGAAUGUAGUUAACAAGAUACACAUGAUCAGUGUGCCGUAUGCCGUGAUGAAAGCGUGCCCGUUAUCUUGGGUGCAGAGAGUUCACGCCAAUAAAGCCAGAGUUGCUGUGGUCAAGUGCCGGGACCUACACUGGGCGAUGAUUGCACACAGAGAACAAAAGGAUAUCAGUUUGGCCUCACUCCGCAUGCUCAUUGUAACAGAUGGAGCUAAUCCCUGGUCAGUGUCCUCCUGCGAUGCUUUCUUGAGUUUGUUCCAAAAUUACGGGCUUAAACCUGAAGCCAUUUGCCCAUGUGCCACAUCUCCUGAAGCCAUGACAGUAGCCAUUAGAAGACCUGGAAUACCGGGAGCCCCUCUUCCCGGUAGAGCUAUCCUCUCUAUGAACGGCCUGAGUUAUGGAGUCAUCCGGGUAAACACAGAAGACAAGAACUCGGCUCUCACAGUACAGGAUGUGGGGCACGUGAUGCCAGGAAGUGUAAUGUGCAUUGUAAAACCAGAAGGAUUACCUCAGUUAUGCAAAACCGACGAGAUUGGAGAAAUAUGCGUGAGUUGCAAGGCGGGCGGCAUUAUGUAUUACGGGCUGGCAGGUGUGACCAAGAACACGUUCGAGGUUUUACCAGUGAGUUCCACAGGAUCUCCUAUAGGAGAAACCCCUUUCAUUCGGACCGGUUUACUUGGGUUUGUGGGCCCUGGCAGCUUAGUAUUUGUGGUGGGAAAAAUGGACGGCACCCUGGUGGUGAGUGGCCGUCGGCAUAACGCGGAUGACAUUGUGGCAACAGCCCUGGCUGUGGAGUCAUUGAAAACCUUGUACAGAGGAAGGAUUGCGGUCUUUUCAGUCCCUGUGUUUUAUGACGAGCGGAUAGUUGUGGUAGCAGAACAGCGCCCCGAUGCCUCAGAAGAAGAUUCCUUUCAGUGGAUGAGCCGCGUGUUGCAGGCCAUUGACAGCAUUCACCAGGUUGGGGUAUACUGUCUUGCCCUUGUACCUGCCAAUACAUUGCCAAAAACUCCACUGGGAGGGAUUCACCUGUCUCAGACAAAACAGCACUUUCUGGAAGGCAACCUUCACCCGUGUAACAUCCUCAUGUGUCCUCACACGUGUGUCACCAACCUGCCAAAGCCACGACAGAAGCAACCAGGAGUUGGACCGGCUUCCGUUAUGGUUGGCAAUCUGGUUGCAGGAAAGAGAAUUGCUCAGGCAUCAGGCCGAGAUUUGGGACAAAUUGAAGAGAAUGACUUAGUGAAAAAGCACCAAUUCCUGACCGAGAUCUUGCAAUGGCGGGCGCAGACAACACCUGAACACGUGCUCUUUAUACUGCUUAAUGCCAAGGGAACAGCAGUGUGCACAGCGUCCUGUCUGCAGCUGCACAAGCGAGCAGAGAGGAUAGCAGCCGCGCUGUGUGAUAAAGGUCACCUCAAUGCCGGAGACAACGUGGUGCUCCUCUAUCCUCCUGGAAUUGAGCUGAUCGCUGCGUUUUAUGGCUGUCUGUAUGCCGGCUGCAUUCCUGUAACUGUCCGACCUCCGCAUGCACAAAACCUCACUGCCACGUUACCUACAGUGCGGAUGAUUGUAGAUGUAAGUAAAGCUUCCUGCAUUCUCACAACACAAAGCUUGCUGAGGUUGCUGAAGUCCAAAGAAGCAGCAGCAGCUGUGGAUGUGAAGACGUGGCCAACAAUUAUUGAGACAGAUGAUUUGCCCAGGAAAAGAGCUCCUCAGAUGUACAAACCACCCACCCCGGAAAUGCUGGCAUACCUGGAUUUCAGUGUUAGCACAACUGGCAUGCUCACAGGUGUGAAGAUGUCCCAUGGAGCUGUAAAUGCUCUCUGUCGCUCCAUAAAGCUGCAGUGUGAGCUGUACUCUACCCGUCAGAUUGCCAUCUGUCUGGAUCCUUACUGUGGACUUGGCUUCGUACUUUGGUGCCUUUGUGGUGUUUAUUCAGGUCACCAGUCAAUAUUAAUUCCUCCUAUGGAGUUGGAAUCAAACCUAUUCUUGUGGCUGUCUGCAGUGAGUCAGUACAAAAUUAGAGACACUUUCUGUUCCUAUUCUGUAAUGGAGAUGUGCUCAAAGGGACUCGGAAGUCAGAUCGAGGUGCUGAAGACAAAAGGCAUUAACCUUUCCUACGUACGGACGUGUGUGGUGGUUGCAGAGGAACGACCAAGAGUUGCGCUGACCUACUCUUUUUCAAAGCUGUUCAAGGACCUUGGUCUGUCUCCUCGAGCUGUCAGUACUACUUUUGGCUCAAGAGUCAAUACGGCAAUAUGUUUACAGGGAACCUCAGGGCCAGAUCCCACAACUGUGUAUGUGGAUCUCAAAUCGCUUCGGCAUGACAGGGUACGCUUGGUGGAGAGGGGGUCUCCGCAGAGUUUACUUCUUAUGGAGUCUGGAAAGAUUUUACCUGGAGUCACGGUGAUCAUUGUUAAUCCAGAGACCAAAGGACCAUUGGGGGAUUCUCAUUUGGGAGAGGUAUGGGUGAAUAGCCCCCAUACGGCCAGUGGAUACUACACAAUAUAUGACAGUGAAAGUCUACAAGCUGAUCAUUUCAACACCAAGCUUAGCUUUGGCGACACACAGACCCUCUGGGCGAAAACGGGAUACCUUGGCUUUGUCCGGAGAACAGAAUUAACGGACGCAAGUGGCGAACGUCAUGAUGCACUGUAUGUUGUUGGAGCACUGGAUGAAACACUGGAGUUAAGGGGAUUACGUUAUCACCCAACAGAUAUUGAAACAUCGGUUUCUCGAACACACAGGAGCAUCGCUGAGUGCGCUGUUUUCACAUGGACCAACUUACUAGUGGUAGUGGUGGAGUUGUGUGGCUCAGAGCAGGAGGCCCUGGACUUGGUUCCUCUAGUAACUAACGUGGUGCUAGAAGAGCAUUACUUGAUUGUUGGUGUGGUGGUGGUCGUGGACCCCGGAGUUAUACCCAUCAAUUCCAGAGGAGAGAAGCAGCGGAUGCAUCUGCGGGACAGUUUCCUGGCCGACCAGUUGGACCCUAUUUACGUAGCCUACAACAUGUAAAGAUCACAGACUCAAACAGCCUGAAUCACCCACUUAUUCUUUGACAAAUUUCACGUAAAAUACCUAUGCCUGAUGAUAGUUUGAACUUUGUAUUUUCUUUUUUUGUUUGUUUUAACUUUUAGUAGACCACAAUCUGUCUGCAUUAUUUUAUUAAAGGGAACACUGUGCUAAUGUAGCAUUAUAAAGCAGAUCACUGGAUAUUUAGCUACACCUUCACUGCAGAAUUGACCGCACGAGUCCAACAUGCAGUCUGCAUUCCUGUGGCGCUGCAGGGGUUAAAUGGGGGA